AUGACUAAGGCUAAUCGCAAAGUGUUAUUGCUAGUUGAUAACUGCAUUGCGCACAAAAACCCUACAUCACUGAAAUCUAUUAAAUUACAAUUUCUGCCGCCAAAUGCUACAUCGAAACUACAACCUCUAGAUCCGGAAAUAAUUAAAAAAAGUAAUAUCAACGUUCUACAAGGGACUAAAAUGGCCCAUAAAGCAUUAGAAAACGUAAAACAACCAACGAUUGUCAACUGCUUUGUGAUAUGUGGCUUUGUCGAUAGUCCAAAUGUUUUGACCACAAAUGACUGUGUUCAAGACAGCAAAGAAUGGUUUGUCGUUAAAAACCAUUUCAAUUUGGAUGAACGUUUUGAUGAUUUUGUUACUUUCGAUGAUAACGUCAGUACCACGGGUCUUAUUACUGUAAUCAUCAGUUGA